UUUUAAAGAAAACAUUUUCAUCUUUCGAACAAGAAAAUUCGGUUGAAAAUUUGUGUCGCGCAAAUGGCGAAAAGCUCUCUGUCCUCAGUCCUGGCCGAAAAUCGCAACGAUGUAGACGCGCUCGCGGUUACACAUUCACAAUUACACUUUACGGGACGACCAACAUCUCCACCACAGCCAAGAGCGACAGGGAUGACGAUACAGUGUUUCCAAAGCGCGGUAUCGAUAAACGAUUAUUAACCACUAAGAAAAAAGAAACGAAAUAACCGAUUUUCGAGCCGUUGCAAAACCAAGAGCGAAAUUCUUGGCCCCGUAAGAAUUUCGAACGGGACAGAAAAUAAAUUCAAUGUCUGCUCUGGUGGUGCUUUAAAAAUAGCCACCGACGACGACCACACAUCAAAGGCGAACAAAGGCACCGCAGAGGAGAUUUGCGAGCGGAGCAGGGGGAUUACGGCCGGGGCCAAGUGAGCAAGUAAUAGUUGCUGGCGACCAUGUUGAACUCCCGUCGAUCAGCCUCGGUGGGCGCUCUGCCCGCCGAGAAGCGUCACUUCGUGUCACGGGCAGAGAGUGCCAGCGGUGCCUCCAUGGAGGUGCGCUGUGCCUGCCAGUUCUUCGAGUCCGAAUCCCUGCUGCCGGAACGUAUAAAUCCCGUGGACUCGCGCCCAGGCUCGAGGCUGAGUCAGCACGCCGAGGAGCAGUACCCAGGUGCACAUCUCAAUCUUCUGCAUGACGACCUGUCCGCGCACAGCUUCGAGGUGGUGAGUCAUGCCGAUGUAGCGCCCUCGGUGGACCUGAGCUUCAUGGAGCGAUACCCGGAGCUGGAACAGACGGCCCGCUCUCGAGGAUUGGUGGUGCGCAGCAUCUCGGACGCCACAGAGCCGGACUUUUCUGGCCAGCAUCAUCAACAGCAGCAGCUAGGUGGUAUUGGUGGAGGCUUUACGGCCGGGCGCAGGCGGCAGCUGUCCAUGGGCGGACUGUCCUCGGGCAGCAUGGGUCGCUUUCCCGACACCCUGUCCAUGCGUAGUGGCACCUCGCUGCGCCGCAUCUCGGCUGGUAACUCCAGGGCGGACUUGUACUGUGCCGACAUCAACAUACCAAAUGCUUCGUCAGCGGCGGCGGGAGGACGUCGCUCGGCCAGCGCCAGUCGUCGCGCCUCCAAUGCAGAUCUGUUCCAGGCCAGCAUCGUUCCGGGAUCCCAGCAGCCGCCGCAGCUGAACUUGAUUCCAGCCACGGCCUUGCCGGGAAUGAUGGAGCAGCCACCGCAGUUCCCGUCGCACCAGGCCUCGCCGGCCCCGUCGCAGCAGGACUUCCGUAUCGCCAAGCCUCCGCUCUCGACGGACUACAUGCGACCGAGCGAAGCCAACAAGGAGAACCAGUUCCCCGGAGACACGUUGCCCCAGAAUCGACCCAUUGACGUGUCCCGCUUUGGUGGCGACGCAGUGCGACCCUCUUUCCUUCUGGAGUCUGACUUGCAGCAGAUUCAGAACCCCUAUAAGCCUACGGUGACACCCAUCGAUCCUCUAGCGGAAACAGUGGCGGAGCUGGAGCAGAUAGCCCAGGAGCAUAGCAUUGUUCGCAUCAGGGACAACAUACAAUCAGAGACACGACGUCCGCCCUCAAUCGGUGGAGAUCUGAGCGCUGCUCCACUGAAGGUGGAUGAGCUGACCAAAAUUGAGAUCAUCCACGAUGUACCAGUGGUGGAUAUAGACCAACAGUUGCGCGAAGAGGAGGCGAAGGCGGCGGAGCACCGCAGCCGUAGUCCCAGGCCUACGCCCAGGAGACCCAAAUCCCCACCCGUAAUGGCUACCUUGCAACUGCCCUCGAGCAGAACGACCAGUCCCUCAUCAGCGGAAACAGUACUUCCCCCAGCUGGUGGCCAGCAACUCCUCAAGCGCCAGCAUACGCCGGAACGGCAACUCUCGCCGGACCGCGCCUCCAAGUGGACACCACAAAUGGAAUCCGCUCCCACUGCUGCUGUUAUAAACCUGCAGGAUGCCUCUCCAGAAGUUAGAAGCACGUACACCUCGCGAUUCAAGUCCAUGUUUGGUGCCAAAGAACCAGGGCAACGAUCUCGCUCUCCUAGUCCAGCUGUACAGCCAAUCCCCAGGAGUCAGUACACGCCCGAAAGACAGCUCUCGCCGGAACGCCCCUCCAGGUGGACCCCACAGCAGCAGAAUCUAGCCAACGCUCCACCUGCCACUGCUAUCAAUCUGCAGGAAGCCUCGGCAGAGGUAAAAGGUUCCUAUACCUCGCGCUUUAAGUCGAUGUUUGGCGCUAAAGACACCGCUAUGCAGCGAUCCCGAUCUCCAAGUCCCGCUGUACAACCAAUCCUGAGGAGUCAGUACACCCCCGAAAGACAGCUAUCGCCGGAACGUGGCUCAAAGUGGACACCUCAGCAGGAGAACGUUGUUGUGGCCUCCAGCCCGCCGGAGGCUUUGCCAGAGGUCAAGAGUUCCUACACCUCGCGCUUUAAAUCGAUGUUUGGCGGUAAGGAGUCACGCGGCAAGUCACCAUCACCCUCGUUGCAACGCUCCCGAACACCCAGUCCGAAGCUGGACAGACUGGAGAAGUCCCCUAUGCUCUCGGUGUUCAACCGGGGCAAAGCCAUGUCUAUAGUGACCACCUCUACGGCGGCAAUAAGAAGCAAGGAAGCGGAGCCCUUGGCCGUGCGUGUGACGGAGACAUUCUCGCUCAAAGUGGACGAAAUGGAUCAGUACUGUGUGCGGCCACCAAAGCCACCGGCUCCUCCGCCAAAUGCCCAGACUAUGUACAGCAGUCGGGAGGACUUUGCCGCCUCAGAGAGAGCCUCGGACAGGGCCUCGGUGGACAUCAGCGAGGCAUUUGCACCCGUGGUGGUGUCCGCCGUGCCUCGAGGAGGCAGUUUUAGCCAGAGCGCCAGUAUGAACAUAAGCAUGACCGGAAGCGGCGGCAGUUUUAUGGCCGGCAACAGGAACCUCUACUCCAGCGAGAUAGGUGCACCUGAAUCGGGAUAUUCGCGUACGGAUUCAGGUAGCAGGGAUAUUUCCAUGGGUGGCAGCCGUCCGCUGAUCUCCGUGCCCAUACAGAUAUCGGGAAGCGGCAGUGGAUUUGGGAGCGGGAGCGGAAGUAGGAGUAAUGUGUACCGACCCCUUCACCAGCGUGCUCCCUCCGAACAGCGCGGCUUUGGGGUGCAGCGCAAGUCCUCGUUUAGGGAGCCGCGCACUCAGUCCCACGACAGAAGCUCCCGGCUAGGCCGAUCCCAGGAGCAGCUGUUCGGGGCGGAACGCAUGACAAAGACGGUUAGUUUCCAUUUUGACGAACGCAAAUCGCGCCUCGCGGAAUUCGAGUCCAACUCGAACCCCCUGACCCCCAAGCAAUUAGAACACAGAGAUUUCCUCGAACGGACCUAUUUCUCUCGUGAUCAUGAAUACGAGCCCGUGGGCGGAUCCUCGCCAGCGCCCAGCCCCCAGGACGAGCUGCAGCUGCCCAUGGAGAUCGAUACAGCGCUCAGCUCGGCCGGCACCACGCCACGCACCGAAUCCCGCACCGAUUACGAAAUUCACACCAGCCAGGUCGACUCUAGCGCCCUGGAAGAACUGCCCUUGCAGCCCGAGAACCGUCGCAAGGGCUUCAUGGCCUCGGCCCAGGACAGGACCAAGAAGAUGCAGGACGGCCUUCGUCAGCAGGCGGGUAAGCUCCGCACCAGGCUUCAGACCAAGCCAAAACCCAAGCCCGUUUCGGGAAGCCCCAAAGCGAAGGCCAAGGAGAGGAGGCGCUUCAAGGCACCCGAGUUCUCCAAGAUCAAAAUGCCGGAGAUCAAGCGACCGGAUAUGUCAAAGCUGAGGGAUCUGAAGCGACCGGAAUUCACGAAGUUCAACAAGCCGGACAUGUCCAAGUUCAAGCUGCCGGAAAAGUUAUCCACGCUGAAGCUGCGCCGAAGCAAGAGCUUUAAGGAGAACGAGGGUGAGCUACCGUCAGAGGACACCCAGGAGAACACCGGAACCUCUGCAUCCCCCACCCAAGCCCAACCGGCGCCCAAGAAGAAGUUUGAGUUCAACUUUGGUACCUAUCCAAGGGCUUUCCGCAAGAAGAAGCCUGAGGAGCCGGCUCCCGUGGCCAUGGAAUCUUCCCUGGGCACAGAAGGGCUCAGUUUGAGUGUAAUUCCCAGCACAGAGACGCAACCAUCGCAAACGUCCACUAGCUCACCUCAAGGUGAUCGUGGACCAGGCCCUGUGCGCUCCCGCUGGGCGGACAAGUUCUCCGAUGUGAGCUACAAUGACAGCGAAGGAUCCAGAUACCGGCGCUAUGGCAGUGAGUUAGAGAGCUUCGACCGGGAAUCCUCGCUGGAGCGCCGCAUGAAGGAGGACCUCGAGGGCACCGAGGACACGGCAAGUGAGGCACAGCCGCAGCCAGAGAUGGGCAUCCUGGGCGCUGUGGCUGACAGCAAGCAAUUUGCUGAAUUCGACGAAGAGAACCGUGCCAUCCACGAGAUCUCCAGCAAGCGAUCCCGAGAGUUUAAGCGCCGUCCCAUGGUGCAUCAGGACUCGGAUCUGCGCUCCGAGGAUAGCAGAGAUGCCGAGGGCUGGACUGAGAAGGAUAUACAGAAGAACAAACUGCUCCGCAAGGCCGAACUAGAGGCUGAGGCUGGUUUCUACAAGUUCCAUGAUCUGCAGGACGCACAAUCUACGGCCAGCUCCGGAAAGAAGGUGGUCAUGGAACCCAUCGACGAUGACGAGUUCUUCCUGCGCAAGCGCGGCAUCUCUGAGGACAACAUCCAGCUGCGCCAGUACAUCAGCGAGGCCAUUCGCGAGGGCUACGACAUGCCCAAUGCCUUGAAGCAUGUUGGCUACUCCGCAGAGCAGGUCCCGGCGGAGUUCGCGGACUACGAUGUGCCACCGGCAAAGCCACGUCGCCUGCACCGCAACUACCAGCCGGAAUUCGACUCACAGGAGUUCCAACGCAGUGAUUAUGGCGACGACCUCUCCAUGUCGCAAAACGGCAGCGAGUUUACGCCAAAACGACCACUUCGCAAGGCCCGCAGCCGCAGCAAAUACUCCAUCGAGGGCAGCCAGGACAUCCCCAUGGCGGAUGGCGGCAGCAGCAUUCAGUACUUCGACGACGAUGAGGAGUACCUUCGACCCCCAGUGAGGGAUCAGCCAGCCACCACGGAGUCAGAGCAAGCGCUCAAUAAUCUCAAUAUUGGCGGCAGGGCUGCGGCAAUGAUUCAAGAGGAGUUAGAGAAGGAGCGACAGAAGACCCGCCCGCAGGCACCGAGGCGCCAGAAGAAACGCACAAGGGACGACGCAUCCGUGGAAAAGGACGCGGACUCGUUCAUCAACGGCUUUGGUGGUAGAUCAGUAUCGAACACCUUUUUGCAGCCACACGAAGAUGUAAUUGUUUAUCGCACUGAGCACGAAUAUCGUCAUAUACCGCUAGCCACGCCGGACAGAUUUACGGAUGGAGCAUCGGCACGCACGCAGCGGUCAGAGGACGACCGCACAUCGCGCGGCGCUGACUCCCUGAUCCUGGACGUGCACACGAAGACGAGGCCCGAGCUGGAUGACAACGAGGAGGCGCCAAGGACCAAGAGCGACGAGAAGUUCGUCAUCGACAUGCUGGAGAGUGAUGGCUAUGCGGUGGUACGCAAGGAGUCGUUGCCCAAACCCACGCCACCUGCACGCCGGAAGAAGUUCACCCGGUCGCCAGGCGAAAGAUUUGCCACGCUGCCCAGCAUUCGCGGCUCUCGGGGAUCCCCGCCGCCAGCUCGUCCACCGCCGCCGCAACAGUACGUGCCCACGGAGGACUCGCCACUGGUGCCGCGGCGCAGAUCCGCGGCCAGUCUGGACGAGAUCCCCCAGAUGAUCAAGUCGAACUACGAGUCCCAGAAGCAGCAGCAGCUGAAGGUGCAGCCGCCGGAGGAGGAGGAUGACUACGAGGAGCCAGGUGCCUUGGGGCGACCAGAGUCACCGCGCUCCAAUCUGCAGUCGGGCGAGAUCAUCAACAAGAUGAAGUUCCGCCCAUUGCCGCCGCCGCCGCGUCCUCCACGCGAGAAGCGCUCCGCAAGAGGUGGCAGUCAGACCCUGGAUAGCUACGACGAAAGCGAACACGUGGCCAGCUCCAGUCAGGCCGAUAGCUACGACCAGGGUGAGUUCGAGGUGGAGGUAUCCACGCAAACCGACCCGUUGCCCGAUGACUUUGUCUGCGAAGAGUUCGAGAUCACCGAGGACAUGAAGAUCAUCGAACCGCGUCGCUCCAAUGGUUCGGGCAACAAGACCCUGGAGGAUCUACUGCGCAGCGUGGAGGCAGCCCAGGAACAGGACGAAGUUGACGGUGUCCGAGUGUUGACCGAGGACGAGCAGCUUGCAAAGGGUCUGCAGAGAUUCCGGGAUGCCAACCAGCGCAGCAUGUCGGAGCGUUCUCGUGCGUCUUCCCAAGCGGAUCGCUCCAAGUCGCUGAGUCGUCCGCAGACGCCUUCGUCGGCUGUGGUGAUCGAGCGGCGUGUGCCCACGCCCAGUCUGUCGGCUGGAGAAGAUGAUGCCGCUGUGCAGGCCUCGCUAAUUGUGCGGCCCAUUAGUGCCGCCGAUUUGGAGGACGACGACCUGCGGCGUGAGGAGGAGGAGCUACGACGCGAAGGCUUACUUUCGGAUAGCUCUGUGCAGAGCAAGUCCGACGUGGAGGAAGAGGAGCACGGCGGUGAUGUGGUGCUGAGCGACUAUGCGGCCAGUUCCGCGGACUUGGAUGCGGCGGUGGAGCAGCUACAGCAGGCUCAGCUAGAAAGCGACUACGAAAGCCGGCUGGAGGACGACGAAGUGGAACGCACGCUGAGAGACAGUGAGUACGAAGACGAAAAGUAUUCGGAGCAGGAAGAGGAGGAGGAAAUAGCUCAGCUGGAAAAGGAGCUCACAGAGCAGGAACUGGAGGAAGCCCUCGAGAAGGAACUACAAGAAGCCAUGGAGAAGGAGCUCUCCGAUUACCGGCAGAAGGAGAAGGAGCAGGAACAGGCUUUCUCCGAAGAGGAGCCUGCCGCCUCCGAGAUCGAUUAUCAGCAAUCCGAAGAGGAGAAGGCUGCCUCCGAGCUCGACUAUCGUCACUCCGAGGAUGAGCAUCCGCUGUCAGCGGAAGAACACACCCUAUCCGAAGAGGAGCGCACGGUCCUUUCCGACACCGAACAACCUCUGUCCGAGCCCGAGAUCCCAGCCGUCGAGGAGACCAUUCAGAAGUCCACCGCCAGCGAACCCACCGAGGCCGAAGUAGAGCUUAAAUUUGUAGCCACUUUGCCCACCGAACCCGCUUACGGUCAUGAGGAAGAGGAGGAGCAAGAGCCCGAGGUGGUUCCAUUGCCACCACCGCGACGCAGGUCUACUACCGCCCUGGAACCCACCGCAGCAGCCAGUCUAACAAUUGCCGAGCACUCUAGCCGCGAACUCACGCCCAUUCAGUCGGUGCAAUCCGCGCCAGAGCCGCAACUGCCGAGUCGCCUGGUGGAUUUGGAGGUGGAACGAUUGCGAGUUCAUGCUUUGCAAGCGGGCCAAAUCCAAGUGUCGCAGCUUCACGGAGGCCAGAUCAAGGCCGACGAUCUGCAGUGCAAGUCCGGACAGUUGGUGGUCCAGAAUAUCGAGCUGCCGCCUGGAUUUAUCGAUGACAUUGUGGAACGGGUUCAGCGGGAGCAGCGUUCUUCGCUUCUGACCAGCGAGACGCAGACCAGCCGGCAGCCCAGCAGCGAGCCGGCCACGUCCGAAAAGGAGCAGCCCAUCAAGCCGCCACGCCACAGCAAGACCACCGAACAAACGCCGCCGAACGCCAAUCUCGACGAGCAGACUCAGACAGAGGCAGGUCUGCUGCCACUGCCUCCGCCGCCAACGGCAUACCCAAGCGUAGAGUAUCUGCAGUCUCUGGCUCCGUUGGCCUUCUACAAUCUUCAGCGCAGCGCCGAGGCGGAGCAGGCCGAAGCCACGUCCGCUGCUGAUCGCAAGGCGCCGCACAAAUGCCGACGACGCCACAUCGCCCAAGAGCAUCUCGAGGAGGAGUCUGGCUCGGAGCUGGAGGAGCAGCUAGUGGAGCGACCACGCUCCCGGUCGAGGCGCUCGCGCACCAGGAGUGCCACCCAGCCACCGGAUGACGAGUAUGACGAGGAUCAGCCCAAGACGGUGGUUCAGGCGGGCAGGCAAUUCAUCUCGGCCUGCAGCUUGGAACUGGUGAACAUCAUCAACCAACUGACGCACUACGUGCGCGGCGAGGCGGUGGAGCCACAGCAGGCGCCACGCAACGUGUCCGCACUUAUGGUGCUCUUCAUACUGAUCACUUUCGGUGUGCUGAUUUUCCUGCUAACCGGGCGACAGGUGCACACGCAUCACUGGGACUACUUCAACCCACCCGGGAACGAGGGCAGGCAGACGUGAGGGGCUGUGGGGAGUCACCUCCUGCUGCUGGUUUACACAAUUCUUUUGGGGCGGUUUUGCAUUUUGGAGCAUCGAAUCUGGCCAAGAGAUCAGGGAUCUUGGUGGGAGAAGAAACGAAUUUAACGCGGCCAGGUGGUCCGCUCGAAACUUGAAGGCCUUAAUGAUACUAACGAGAAAUUACUUUAGGAAAGGUGGAAAGGUGCGCCGAUGGAGGCGGAGGGCGGUGGGCGAGGGGCGUGCCACGCCCUUGCUACUAGUCACAUAACACAACAUAAUCGAAACCGGAAUCCCAGUUUACUGAUCCAUCAUCAUCAGACACAACAUACCGACAUC